UGGACCACCGGAGUCGCAUCCCAAUUUGAAACAGAGCCAGAGAGAGAAAGUGGGAAGUAAAAUCAAGGGUUUUUAGUCGAAGUCGUUGCCAAACUCAGAGAAGCAGAGCAAAUCAGAGUAGCCAUGGACGCUCAGUCGCAGCAGCAACAAGUCGGAGUUGUGAAGAAGAAGGAGACUCGGGGCCGAAAGCCCAAGCCCAAGGAAGAAAAGAAGGACGACCAGCAACAGCAGGCCAAGAUGAAGAAGGCCCACCAACAAGCCACCGUCGACGACAAGUACACUCAGUGGAAGUCACUCGUCCCUGUCCUCUACGACUGGCUCGCUAACCACAACCUCGUCUGGCCCUCCCUCUCUUGCCGGUGGGGUCCUCAGCUCGAGCAAGCUACAUACAAGAAUCGCCAGCGUCUCUACCUUUCUGAGCAGACUGAUGGAAGUGUUCCAAAUACGCUGGUUAUUGCAAACUGCGAGGUUGUCAAACCUAGAGUUGCCGCUGCAGAGCAUAUAUCUCAGUUCAAUGAAGAAGCCCGCUCACCAUUUGUUAAGAAGUACAAGACCAUCAUACAUCCUGGAGAGAUAAACAGAAUCAGAGAACUUCCACAGAACACUAAGAUAGUGGCCACACAUACAGAUAGCCCUGAUGUUCUUAUUUGGGAUGUGGAAGCUCAACCAAACCGUCAUGCUGUCCUUGGAGCCACAAGUUCACGCCCGGAUUUGAUUUUGACUGGACAUCAAGAUAAUGCAGAAUUUGCCCUUGCAAUGUGUCCAACUGAACCAUAUGUGCUGUCUGGAGGGAAGGACAAAACAGUGGUUUUGUGGAGUAUUCAGGACCAUAUAUCAGGAGCUACCACAGAUCCAGCAGCAACCAAGUCUCCAGGAUCUGGUGGGUCAAUUAUUAAACAAAACUCAAAGCCUGGGGAUGGUAAUGAUAAAGCUGCUGAUGGCCCUUCUGUUGCACCACGAGGAAUCUACUAUGGGCAUGAGGAUACAGUUGAAGAUGUGGCAUUUUGCCCAUCUAGUUCACAGGAGUUCUGUAGUGUUGGUGACGAUUCCUGCCUCAUAUUAUGGGAUGCACGUGUGGGCUCUAGCCCUGCCACAAAGGUUGAAAAAGCACAUAAUGCUGAUCUUCACUGUGUUGAUUGGAAUCCCCAUGAUGAUAACCUUAUUCUAACAGGGUCAGCAGAUAAUUCAGUUCGCUUGUUUGAUCGCCGAAAUCUCACUUCUGGUGGAGUUGGGGCACCUAUUUAUAAAUUUGAGGGUCACAAAGCAGCUGUUCUUUGUGUCCAGUGGUGUCCAGACAAAUCGUCUGUCUUUGGAAGCUCUGCAGAAGAUGGUCUUUUAAACAUUUGGGAUUAUGAGAAGGUAAGUAAGGAGCGAACUACCAAAGGCCCGAGUUCUCCACCUGGUCUGUUUUUCCAGCAUGCUGGGCACAGGGACAAAGUUGUUGAUUUCCAUUGGAAUGCAUCCGAUCCAUGGACCAUCGUUAGUGUGUCUGAUGACUGUGAUACUACUGGUGGAGGGGGGACAUUGCAGAUAUGGCGAAUGAGUGACCUGAUCUACAGACCUGAAGAGGAGGUUCUGGCAGAGCUUGAGAAGUUCAAGUCCCAUGUUGUUUCCUGUGCUUCAAAGCCUUGAGAGUUGAGUGUCAAGUGCACUUUUAGAUUCGUGGGAAAAAAUUUCAGUAGCAAGCUUAUUGAAUGAAUCUAAGCUCUUUUAUGUUAGAGAGGUAGGAUGGUUUUCUAGGUCUGCUGUGAUUGUAAUAUUUGCUUAUUGGAUAUGGUGGUUUAUGAUGAGAGGAGAAAAUUCAUGUUUAGGAUUAGGGACCGUGUUUGACCCGUGCUUGGGAUUAGGGAUCUUUAAACUAGAAGCAUGGCUCACUCUUUUCGGCCAUGUUCAUCAGAGAUUUUAAUUUUUAUUGGAUUGGACGUGAUUAUUCACAAGCCUUAAGAGGGGCAAAUAUCUCGUU